AUGGCGUGGGGAAAUGAUCUCGUCUUUGAAGCCGUCUUGGCCAUUGGGGGAAUUCAUCAAGCCCACCUUCUCUCGGCUUCAGAAUUGACCACUGAAAGUAUGAUGCAAUCCAAAGUCUCUGGACUGCGCUCGUAUGGAGAAACCCUACGUCUGAUGGAGUCGCACACGAAGAAGGAGGGAUAUACUGAUAUGCAACCGGCCAUUGUCGCCGGUGUGUUGCUUGCAUAUUGCGAGUGCAUCAUGAAUCACAUCAAGCCUGCUGCAUUGCAUCUAAAAGCAGCUGGGCAGCUUUUAAGACCGAAUCAGUCGCCGGAUUUGUCACCGUAUCCUGCUGGGUACGAAGCCUUGCAUGCCACAAUUGCAAAGCUGGACUUUCUUGCCCAGAGUAUUGUGCCAUACUCACAGCCAUCCAUCCAGAAAGACUCGCUUGAUGCUUGCAAUUAUAUCGAUGUCCCUGAUUCAUUUUCUAAAGGAUCCGUCCAUCGCUCAGUUUCUAGCGAACGGGUUGAACUUGUACAGAUCAUCUCCAGAUUUAACCAGCUUGACAACAUUAUCUGGGGCCCAUGGUCUAGCAAAUCCUCGCGCCCAAACUCAGAAGCUCUCUCGCGUUUCCAGAUGGAUUUGCUGUAUUGGAGAGCCAACUCGACUUUGACAAUCGAGGGCUGUUCGGAAUCUUUGGCAAUACUGCCUGAUUGUGACGAACCACUGGACGAUCUUCCCAUCCCUCCGGAACCUCUCUUCUUCCAAAGCAGCUAUGCCGCUCUCAGUGCUGCACUUUACAAUAAUUACAUGGCAUGUAGCUUUUCCAUGCUUUCUAAUGGGCAUGACCUUGAUCGCAAUGCGCUGUGUGCUUUCCACUACGUCUACCAAAAUCUGCGCAUCGCUGAAGGACUGGCCGUUGCGACUCUACAAGACAGCGAAAAUAUUGAUAUAAACAUCUCACUUUUGCUAUAUCUGAGCUUUCGCCGCUGCUACUCUAGAGAGUGGCAGACGUGGACGAUUCAGAAACUUCGGCAAUGUGGGCAACAAGGAUUGCUCGAUGGCAGCGCAUUUGCAAAUACGCUGGAAAACAUAUACCAUCUGCAGCUACGAGCUGAACUUCAAUCAAAUUAUGCCCUGAAAUCCGCUUACCAUACCACUGGUCCUUUGCACUCGAGAAUUCUUCCAUUGCUUCAACCAAAGGACGAGAGGGAUCGAUGGAUUGCAUAUUACCUAAGACCAACUGCGAGUCUUGGUCAUGAAGACGUUGCUUUGUGCGUCAUUGCGCGGGCUACUUGGGGACAGGAUAAACGAGGGGACAUGUUCUCUGUUCAGUUUGACUUUUAUGACGAUUUGGCUGUUGCUGACGUUGAUGUGGCGAGCCUUCGUGACUGGAUCCAAUCACUGGAAGCAUCAUCGUUGCCUAGGUAG